CAGGAAGCUGGGGGGCUGCCAUUUUUCCCCUGCUAACAUGUUAGAUGCUAAAACGAAGAGGGGUGGUCGUUGUUGAAAGCGUUUUUGUUUAUUUUUAUUUUUUUUUUAACCGCAGGGAUUAUUUUUCUCUCUGUUCAUGUUUGUUCGCCUCUCCGUCACAUGCGCUAGUCGUUGUGGUUAAUGGACGGCGGCAUGGAGAGAACAGAACAGCCGUGGAAUUCUUCCUAUACGUACCAGGUGAGCAAGCACAGCGCCGAGAUGCUCCACAACCUCAACAGCCAGAGGAAAGAUGGAGGCAGAUUCUGCGACGUGAUCCUGCGCGUCGGAGAGGAGAGCUUCCCGGCGCACAAGGCGGUGCUGGCGGCGUGCAGCGAGUACUUCGAGUCGGUGUUCAGCUGUCAGGGCGAGGGCGACAGCGAGGGGAAAGAGCUCGAGAUGCACACGAUCAGCCCCAAAGUUUUCCGAGAUAUCCUGGACUUCGCGUACACGUCGAAGAUCGUGGUGCGCUUGGAGUGCUUCCCGGAGCUCAUGACGGCCGCCAAGUUCCUGCUCAUGCGCUCUGUCAUUGAAAUCUGCCAGGAGGUGAUCAAACAGUCCAACGUGCAGAUCCUGGUGCCGCCGUCCCGCGGUGGAGAGCUCAGCUUCCUGUCAAACGCCAUGCACGCUGACGUGCCAAACGGCGCCGUGUUUACUAACAGACACAGCCUCGACGGCGACAGUAGCAGCGCUCCUCCACCUGUGAACAGCAGCUCGCACCCGAUCGGCCUCUCUGUGCCCCCUUCAGCCUUCACCACCAGCCCGGUAAACGGCGAGGCCUCUCCAACCUCCAAGCGAGCCAGAGGACGGCCCAAGAAAGAAGAUCCGCCAGCGCCCGGCGUGUACAACAACGGUACGACUGACGACAGUGAAGGUGCGUUUCCUGGCGGCGUUUGCGCUAAAGUGCUGAGCGACGCUGUGCAGCUGAGAGCCCAUGAGGCCCAGCACGGGGCUGUGGGCGCAGCUGGAGAGUUAGUGUCCGUGGAUAUGGCUGUAACGGCUCCUCAGACUCAGAACUGCGUGCAGACGGACGGGAACCGCAAACGGGAGAGGACGAGACGACACGUGGGCUGUGAUCUGUGCGGGAAGGUGUUUCGAGACGUCUAUCACCUCAAUCGACACAAGUUGUCUCACUCCGGGGAGAAGCCAUACGCGUGUCCUGUGUGCGGCCUGCGGUUCAAGCGCAAAGACAGGAUGUCUUACCAUGUGCGCUCUCACGAUGGAGCCGUGGGCAAACCGUACGUGUGCCAGAACUGCGGAAAAGGCUUCUCCAGGCCGGACCACCUAAAUGGCCACAUCAAGCAGGUGCACACCACAGAGAGACCUCAUAAAUGUCAGAUUUGUAAUGCGUCAUUUGCAACACGAGAUCGUCUGAGGUCUCACCUGGCCUGCCACGAGGAUAAAAUCCCAUGCCAAGUGUGCGGCAAGUUCUUAAGGGCUGCUUAUAUGACAGACCACCUGAAAAAACACAGCGAAGGACCUCAUAACUACUGCAGCAUAUGCAAUAAAGGUUUUUCCACUGCGUCCUACCUAAAGGUACAUGUAAAAACACACCACGGCUCGUCCAUGCUCCCUUCCUCCACAGCUCACCAGUUCCUUGAGCCACGUGACAACGGGCCGCAGAUGCACAACGGCGCCCCCUACCACUCAGGACGCCAAUGCGCAGUGGAAGACGGGCAGGAAAAUGCUGCAAAAUGCCCCCAUCAGGAUUCUGAGGGGUCGGAAGCUGCAUUCGGGGACCUUUCUAAUGGAACGGAGCUCAAACUGGAGCAUAAGGCUGAGGACAAGGAGCUUGAGGUAACCUCGCUGAUCUUUAACGGCGAGGCUGACGGCACAGCAAACACGCCAUGCGGCUCCAAACAGAAGACAGACAUAGAGAAGAAGUUUGCUUGUGGCUUAUGUGGCCAGACCUUCCGCACUAAAUCCUACCUCAACAAGCACCAGCACCGGGUGCACAAGAAACCCAGUGGGACAUCAGCCAGUCUCGGGGAUCUGGGUUCUCCGUUCUCGCCACAGCAGAACAUGUCGCUGCUCGAGUCAUUUGGUUUCCAGAUUGUCCAGUCAGCUUUUGCCUCAUCACUCGUGGACUCUGAGGUAGGGGGCAAUGCUGUAGGCUUAGGGGACAAGUGAACACUUGGAGAAAGGGAGACAUUUGCUCUUACCAGAUGUCCACAGCUUUGAGGGAACUGCAGUUCUACCUUUUAUCAUCAAUGACAUUGUAAACUAUUGUCUUUUGUGUUGCUUACUGUCAACCUUUAGUUAGUUGAUUUAAUGUUUUGACUUGCAAAUUUGCCAGUAUGUUUUCCAUUCUUGUUGACAUGAAGCAAUCAAGCAUUCAAAAUCAGAGUAUGUAUUAAUAAUCAUCCCACAGAGCCUAUUAAACCCAAGUUGAACUCCUUCGGAUCAUUUUGUGUGGAUGCAGGUAACAAAAUCCUGGGCACAGACAUCACUGGAAGCCCUAGGCUCUGAAAUUGUUUUAAGUUAAAUAAUGAUGACUAAUUUAAAUCUUGUUCCCAAAUUCAUGGUUGUUAACACCAUUUUCUUUUCAUUUCAUUCUGAAUCAUGAAUAUUUGCAAGAUGGAUUGUAUAGAUUCAGGCAAACCACAUACGAGUUUUGAAUAUUUAACAGGGACCAAUUUCAGGUAUGACUGUAAGAUAUUACAAGAGAUGAAGAGUAUAUUUUAUUAACUUAUUGAUUUUGGUGUCCCAUCUCCUUUAUGAAAUGGUUUAUAAGUCGUUGGUAAACUUUAGAUCUGUGCUGUGCUAUUUUGUCUUUGAAUUAUGCGUUUUAGAGGCCAAGAAGAAUUUCUGUGUGUGUAUGUGUGUGUGUGUGUGUGUGCACCUGCGUGUGUGCCUGCGUGUGUGCGCGUGCACACAUCACGGUCUCUUAUUAAGAGAAUGUAAUGUAAUCAGAGGGCUUUUUAAGGUUUUUUAAUAUAUCAGGACUUUUUUCUAUGAGGGUCCAAACAUUCCUGCUUAACUUAAGAAUUCCUAUUCAUGAUGUGUAUAUAAUGUUCACAUAUGUAAGAAAUAUAUGUAUAUAUAAAUACUUAUAUAUGGCCAAUAUUAAGUUUAUUCUAUGUAACGGGGCUCUGUGUAUUUAACUUCCCUUGGCCAUUAUGGUUGAAUAGAAGCUUGAGUGGAGAAAUAUGUUUUGAGGCAAAGAGCCUAGGUAUUCAGUUGGUUUGAGUAAAUUCACAUUUGUAUCUCUUAUAACGCAGUAGUGGUGUGUGAUCAUAUAAACUUUUUUGUGGCAUGAAUACGCCAUCAGUGUGUCAGAUCUAAAUUCCUGUUGUUUUUUUUCUUCUUUUUUUUUUUUAAAUUUAAUUUUGAGCCUUUAGACUAACAAUAAGUACUCUGAGCAAAUGUGACUGGGCAGUGAUUAUGAUAUCAAAAAAGUGUUUUAAGAGAUAUGCCUGUAAGAGGCCUGCUUUAUGUGCUUACACUCGUAGGAAAAAUUAGAACUUUUAAGGGUUGUCUGUGGAAAAACCUUAAACUUUAAAUGUUUUAUGUAGAGCCCUACAACAGAACAUUUCCUCUAUCAGACCAGGUUCAAAGUAGAACAUUGUGGAAGCCAAGAACUUAUUAUACAGUGAACUCUUGGAAAAGCCUGUUUUUCUAAGUGUGUAUGAGAGCUCUGGUGUAUUUACUUGUUGGAGUGAAGGUUUCAAAGGUCAUGCGAGUAUGAAUUAGCAGUUGAUUCUAUUUUCCGUUUAUUUAUUAUUGUUAUGCAAGACGUGUUUAAAAGUUAUUUUCAGCCCGCAUUAGCUUGGAACUGUCUAAGAUUUUUCAUGUUAGCUCUGUCGUAUUUAUACAUAUUAGUCAUUCAUUUCCUUCUAAUUUAUGUUUAAAAUUCAUCCUUAUUGUCCUCAAGUGUGACGAGAGGAAGUAUGCAACUAACCAGGACUCCCUUCAUGACAGCAUUGUUUGACUCCUCUAACUGACCCAACAAAUCCAUCUGAUUGUUUCUGUCAAACUCGGCUUCACCUCACUGCCUGGAAUUAACCACCCCUGCACUCUAAUCGGUGCCUGUAUUUAUGUGAAAGAUUGAUGUGAUCGUUUGGGAAGGUUCUGUGAUUAAAAUACUGAUAUGCCGUCUCUUAUGUUUUAGUGGCACAUUGUAUCACUGGAAAUGUUUUUUAAACAUUGUUUUAUUUGUAUUCUGCUUAUGUUUUCAUAUAACCGUAUGUUGCAAAGUGCCUUCCCAGUACUGAUUGUGAAUGGGUAGGAAAAUCUGUCAUUAAAAGGACCAUCUUAAGAAUAACCAUGUACAUAAAGUGAUUUGCAUUGACACUUUUGUAUAAGGACAUGCACAUAGAAAGAAAAUGUACAUUUGUAUGUAUGUUUGUUAUUCUAUCUUUGUUCUCUGAUAAAAAAAAAAAAAGGUUUCUUUGCAAUU